CUGAGUUCUUAAAUACCCGAAUAAACACACUUGCACUUGAAACGCAUUCACAAUUUCACAGACUUCUUCGUUCCGGCGAAAACGAUGGACAAAGAACAACAACCACAACAAAACACCACCGCCAUGAAAAGAACUCUUCUUGUUUUCAAUUGCUUUUUAUUGGCCGUCGGUAACUGCGGCGGUCCUUUGGUUAUGCGUUUAUAUUUCGUUCACGGCGGAAAGCGUGUUUGGCUCUCUAGCUUUCUAGAAACCGGCGGAUGGCCAAUUAUUUUCAUCCCCCUCAUAAUUAGUUACAUCAAUCGCCGUCGUGUCGCCGCCCUGAACCCAUCGGUAUCUACUGACUCGGCGAAGAUGAUCUUCAUGAAACCAAGGCUAUUUUUAGCCACCGCUGUCAUCGGCAUCCUCACCGGCUUUGACGAUUACUUAUACGCUUACGGAGUCGCUCGGCUACCGGUUUCGACGUCGGCUUUAAUUAUUGCGUGCCAGCUGGCCUUCACGGCGGGUUUCGCGUUCUUGCUGGUGAAACAGAAAUUCACAUCUUAUUCGAUUAACGCCGUCGUUUUGCUUACUAUGGGAGGGGCAGUUUUGGCAUUACAUACAAGUGGUGACCGUCCUGCCGGAGAAUCCAAUAGAGACUACAUAGCGGGGUUCCUGAUGACGGUAGCCGCCGCAAUUAUGUACGGAUUCGUUCUGCCGCUUGUGGAAUUGACGUACAGAAAAGCCCGUCAACAAAUUACAUACACUUUAGUCCUUGAGUUUCAGUUAAUUAUGUCGUUGUUCGCCACUAUCGUAUGCACCAUUGGCAUGUUAAUCAACAAUGAUUUCCAGGUGAUUCCAAGGGAGGCAGAAGAAUUUGGAUUAGGAAAGUUUAGAUACUAUUUGGUAUUAGUAUUGAGCGCCAUAAUUUGGCAAGCAUUCUUCUUGGGAGCAAUUGGAGUUAUUUUCAGCUCCUCGUCUCUAUUUUCAGGGAUAGUAAUCGCCGUGCUAUUGCCCGUGACGGAGAUUCUUGCCGUCAUCAUUUUCAAUGAGAAGUUCCAAGCGGAAAAAGCCGUUUCCUUGGCACUCAAUCUUUGGGGAUUUGUGUCUUAUUUUUAUGGUGAAAUUAAGCACAACAAAAAGAAGAAAUUAGAGCUCCAAAAAUACGAAGAAACAAGACCCACUCAAAUUUCAAACGUCUAACUUAAACACCCUCUUUUUAAGAAUCCUUGUUUUAUUGUGAGAUGAAAAGUAAUACAGUGUUAGUGUGCGUAUGAGUGUUUUGUUUAAGGAGUGGAUGUAUAUGGUGUCUCAAGGUUUUUGAAAUAGUGGGUGGAUAUAAAGUUAUUUGGAAUCAUCCAUUCUAAUUUUAUUAUUAAUUAUGAAAAAAAAUCCUUUUUUUAAGUAGGGUGGGGUAAAGGUAA